AUGGACACAGACACAGGCAUGCACCAAAACCAACACAACAACCAACAGUUCAAAAUCCAGCACCACAACAACAACCAAAACCAACAGUUCAAAACCCUGCACAACAACAACCAAAACCAACAGUUCAAAACCCUGCACAACAACAACAACCAAAACCAACAGUUCAAAACCCUGCACAACAACCAACAGUUCAAAACCCUGCACAACAACAACCACAAACAGAGCAAGGACAUAAAAGAAGUAGAGAAAAAGGAAACCAAGAAUUCUUAA